GACGCCUUCCACCGCGGCCUGUUCCUCUUCUGCUGCCGCGCGCCGCCCUGCUGCGCGGGCCUGCGUGUUUUUAGAAAUCAGCUACCCAGGAAAAAUGACUUUUACUCACAUGAGCCGCCUUCUGAGGAUCCUCCCCCAGCGGGGGAGUCCGUGUGCCUCCAGCUCAAGUCCGGGGCUCAUCUCUGCAGGGUUUGCGGCUGUUUAGGCCCCAAGACGUGCUCCGGCUGUCACCGGGCGCAUUACUGCAGCAAGGAGCACCAGACUGUGGACUGGAGAUCGGGGCACAAGCAGGCGUGUAGACAGUCGGAUAAUUUGGACGAUACUGUUCCAGAUCACAACUUCCUUUUUCCAGAAUUUGAAAUUGUCAUAGAAACAGAAGAUGAGAUUACACCUGAAGUUUCCGAAAAAGAAGAUGAACCAGAGAUUAUAGGGAGCAUGGGUGAAGCACCCGAGGAAGAAUUGGAUUCCAUGGCAAAACAUGAAUCCAGGGAAGACAGAAUUUUCCAGGAGUUUAAAACUAAAAUAGCCCUGGAACCAGAACAGAUUCUCAGGUAUGGCAGAGGGCUUGCCCCCAUUUGGAUCUCUGGUGAAAACAUCCCCCAAGAGGAGGAUAUUCCAGACUGUCCCUGUGGUGCCAAGAGAAUAUUUGAAUUCCAGGUUAUGCCUCAGCUGCUUAACUACCUAAAGGCUGACAGACUGGGCAGGAGUGUUGACUGGGGCAUCCUGGCUGUCUUCACCUGUGCUGAGAGCUGCAGCCUGGGUACUGGCUACACAGAGGAAUUUGUUUGGAAGCAAGAUGUAACAGAUACACCUUAAAGACAACCUCGAGCCCUGGCCAGCGUGGCUCAGUUGGGUGUCUGGUGUACCAGGAAGUUGCCAAUUUGAUUCCUGGUCAGGGCA